UGUGCCGUGGGCUGGCUGUGCCAGGGCUGCAUGGCCUAAGCUCGGAUCCAGUGCUGGAGAAGCGCUCACGCCCGAGCUGCACCCGAACUGUUUCAAGACCACUAAUUUUCUGGAAAAGUUAGAGCAAGAGGGGAAAAGAAAAGAAAGAAACUAGCCAAGUGGCUCGGUUGUCGCCUCAACUUGGGCUCUACCAGCUCUCCAGGACCUGUUCCAGCAGUCUGCUAAAACAUGGUGGAUUACUAUGAAGUUCUAGGGGUGCAGAGGCACGCCUCGGCCGAGGAUAUCAAAAAGGCAUACCGGAAACUGGCAUUAAAGUGGCAUCCAGAUAAAAACCCUGAGAAUAAAGAAGAAGCAGAGAGAAAAUUCAAACAGGUAGCUGAGGCGUACGAGGUGUUGUCAGAUGCUAAAAAACGGGACAUCUAUGACAAAUAUGGCAAAGAAGGAUUAAAUGGUGGAGGAGGAGGUGGAAGUCAUUUUGACAGUCCAUUUGAGUUCGGCUUCACAUUCCGGAACCCAGAUGAUGUCUUCAGGGAAUUUUUUGGUGGAAGGGACCCAUUUUCAUUCGACUUUUUUGAAGACCCAUUUGAUGACUUUUUUGGGAGCCGAAGGGGUCCUCGAGGAAGCAGGAACCGAGGCGCAGGCUCCUUUUUCUCUGCCUUCAGUGGAUUUCCAUCAUUUGGAGGCGGAUUUCCUUCAUUUGAUGCAGGAUUUACUUCAUUUGGGUCACUGGGUCAUGGAGGCCUCACUUCCUCCUUCUCCUCCACGUCAUUUGGCGGUGGUGGGAUGGGCAACUUCAAGUCCAUAUCAACUUCCACUAAAAUAGUUAACGGCAGGAAAAUAACUACAAAGAGAAUUGUUGAGAAUGGUCAGGAAAGAGUAGAAGUUGAAGAAGACGGCCAGCUAAAGUCCUUGACAAUAAAUGGUAAGGAGCAGCUGCUACGCUUGGAUAACAAGUAACUCAGCGCACGCAUUUAACAGGAGUGUUAAACCAUAACAAGCACCAUUUGAGGAUUAACAGGAACAUUUUUUUGAAGAUUUCAAACGAACUCGACUUUCAGUAUAACUGUACCUAAUCUAAAGUAUUUAUAAGCAGCUCAUCGGAGCCUCUAUUUGUCAUAGACUUUUGAGUUUAUUGUUGGGACCACACAAUAGGACCAUUUUUUUUUUGUCUUUGAAAUUGUUGUAAUCUCUGUAUGCACUUUGCUUUUUAUUAAGCGUAAUGCAAGGUGAGGCCCGUGACUCUUGCGUAGCCCUAGGACAAGAUUGUACUCUUAACACCAGCAUGGACCUGCUUUCGUUGUGUUUGAAAUGUGAGCCACGUAGUUCAGCCUGCUGUGAAGUUGACAUUGCCAGGAUGAAUCUUCUACAGGAACAAUUCCAGUUUCUUAUUUUCAGUAAUGAAAGACUUAAUACAUUAAUGGUAAUACAUUUCUGGUUUAUUAUAAAUUAAGGAUGUUUUCUAGUUGUGCAUGAAUGCUGGCAACUUAGUACGUUUUGACAACUGUUUAAAUAAUGUAAUGUUAAGCUUAGGUUAAAAAUAAGUUGGUAAACUGGGUCUUUGUCAUUGCUUUAAAAAAAGAAAAUAAAUGCGACUGUGUUUGGUGCAUUCUUUCCUGA